CUGGAGAGGAGUCUCUGGCACCAAGCCAGUGGACGACCGUUCAACCGCAACUUAGUAACACUAAUACACUUCCAACGGUGUCAGCCGUGUUGGCUAGUUAGCCGACUGGUGCUAACGAGGAUGUGAAUUAGCGCACGUUAACGUUAAUAUUAAUCGUUUCUUUCGCUUUAGUUCCUACUCUGGUUUUAUUCUGCUCGUCAACUCCCUGUUUCUGGUUUGUGACUUUGUACGUAACUGUUAAGAGUAAAAUUGUCUUCAAUGCUGACCAACGUGAGGUCUGAAAUACAUGGAGACAAUUGUUUAGUGUACCCUUUGAUCAUUUUUAGGAACGGAAGAUCAACACGUUUCACAUUACUUCAUACAUCGAGAAGUAGCUAUGUCCAAACUCCAGAUGGAUGAACAUGUCCCCGAGGAGGAUGGACAGACUGUACCAGUGCACAAGGAGGAGGAAGAGAUGGAUGUUACCGUGACAUCACAGCUAGAGAAUCUCAUCGUAACGCUCGCUGACGCAGACGCAUCACCAAGUACAGAAACCCCUCCAGAGGAAAAAGCAGAUGUGGAUCCAAACUCGACAGCAGUGGUGCUUUCCUCAGACGCUGUGUGUGAGACGAAGGACUGUGAGGACGAGGACAGUGACAGCUCUUCAUCUUCUUCCUCCUCUUCUUCAUCCUCAUCUGCUCCCUCUGCCCGUGUAUUUGAGGAUGAUGACGAUGAGGGUUUCAGCCAACCAGCCCCCAUCAAAACCAGAGAUGAAGUCCUGCUCGAGGAGCUGCCACCAGUGGAGGAGGUGUCUGUGUCGUUACCAGAAGAUGCAGAACUGCAACCUUUAGGAAUGGUCUCCAGUAUUAUACAGCAGCUUGUUGUGAUCCAGUCUCUGAAAGACACACCCGCUCUGACUGAUGACAGCAUCAUCUUUUCAUCUGAUAGGCUGGCUCUGGGCAAGGUGUUUGAGGUAUUUGGUCCAGUGUUCAGUCCGCUGUAUAUUUUGCGUUUUAAUUCUUUGGACCACAUAAGAAGCAAGGGGCUGAUGGAGGGACAGACAGUUUAUUACACACCAGACAUCAAAGAGUACACAAAUUACAUCCUCACACAACAGCUCAAAGUUUUCAGUGGAUCUGAUGCAUCCUGGAAGAAUGACCAAGAACCACCAAUGGAGGCUUUAGAUUACAGUGAUGAUGAGAAGGAACAUGACGCUAAGAAGAAAAGGAAAAACUCCAGAAAGAAGAGGGAUGGCAACAAUGCAGAUACUCCUGUCCACGUUGCCCAGAACACCUCGCUGCAGCAGCAUAAUGUCAGGGGUUUCCCACCAAGACACGCAGGACCUCCGCUCGGGCACCAGAACUCGAGGAAUCAACAACCAAUGUUCAGCCACCCUCCACCCAGACACCCACCACCCAGACACACUAAUGUCCAUCCAAUGUACCUCUCCCCUCCCUGCCCUUACCCUCCUCCACCAUCUCACUUUUUCCCCCCACCAAACUUCCCUCUGUAUCCCCCCCCACCUCCCUCAUUUUUCAACCCGUCUUUUUCCUAUCCUCUCUGGCCACAGAACUCUGUCCCCUUCUCUGACCUCCCUCCUCCUCCCCCACCCCCACCCCCUCCCCCUCCCCCUCCUCAGUGAUGUGUUGCUGGGGAGUUGGGUCAUCUUGUUGAAAGAUGAUGUCAGACUGAAAGAAUCCUCCAUGUGGAUCAAUCACGUGGGUUCUGGUUAACGGUGUUCGUGAGGCUUUACGAUCACAGAGUACAACGUGGUGACAGCGGGACGGAGCUCAGUGAUGUGCCGUCACCACACAUAUUCUGCCACUGCAGUGGCUUUAGGUUCAAAACAUGUUAAAAACUGUUAGUUAUGUAAUUUUUCCCACCGCCAUUUGUUUACCAACUCGACUUCCUGAAGAGCCUUUACCCGUAUGUGUGUGUGACAUGUUUGUUUUGAUUUCCCCACUAAACACAAGUUGAGAAUUGUUUUCUUUUCUUACUCACCUGGAGAAAAAUAACUUUGAUCUAAACGGACACCGAACCAAUCGUCAGUGGCUUUCUGAUCCUUUUGUGAUUUUAAUGAGCCAGCUGGACUUGAUUUGCAGGGUUUAUAAGUUGAAAGUUACAUAUUUUUAACAUAUAAUCACCUGAAAUUCUGAAUAAUUGUUGCACCUCCGUGUUUCUACCGUAGCCCAGAACACACACACACACACACACACACAAUUAGAAAGCAGGUUUGUGAUGUUCUUAUUCCAGACUGGCUGUUUGGGCAGUGAGUUCUGGGUUCAGAUCUGCUGGUUCGGACCUUUCUACAUGUUCCUGCUUUGCCUUCAGAUUCUCCGGCUUCCUCCCACUGUCCAAAAAAACUAAACAUGCAGCGAAGCUUAAUGGGUGACUAAGUUUCCUGUAAGUGAGAAGAUCAUUUGAUUAAGAAGUAACCGCAUGGUCAUUAUCACUGUUUACGAACCCUGUUUUCUGCGACACACACCAGAGAAACUGGAACGAAAUACUCGUCUCCUGGAAAUAUGGGAGUAAAAUAGGCUGUUGCCCAUCUGAAUAGUUUUCCUGCUUUCAAAAAGUGUAUCGGUCAGCUGGGGUCAGCUCCGGCCUUAAAGGAGGAGCCCUGGUGGAUGGGGUUGUCCUGUAGAUGUUGCACUCAAAUCAGAGUUGAGUGGAAAAGACAUUUAAUGUCUAAAUAAUACACGGAACAUUCUCCUGUUGAAUUCGACACUCUUCUCUAGAUCUGUGUGUUCUGGUCUCCGCAGUUGGUUUACGGUCUGAAUGAUGUUCAGUUGCAGCUAAAUGGUUUAGGAGUUCAUUUUCUGUGGCGUUGGUUGGAACUAAUUAUUUUUAAUUGUGUGAUAUUGUAUAUGCAUUGUAUAUAUUUUUGUACCAGAAUGCUCUCUACAUGUAAUUGUUUUCCCCAUUUACUGAGCUGCGUCGGUAGAAAUCUAAAUAAAUGACUGCCGACACCACAUGUCUGUAACCCUGUUGUGUAAAGCUGCUGCUCUUCCACAACCUUUUCUCCAGAAGACGUUGAGUCAAACUGAAUAAAAGGGUGAACAUUCUAAAUAAACAUUUUAAAGAUCA